CAAAAUUUCAGUUCACAUAUCCAAUUUCUAAAUCAAUAUAAAGUACAAGUCCUUUGGGUAUUCUCUCUAAGUUGUCUAAAUCCAAAAACCAAUAUGGGUAUCCGUUUGCCAUCAAUGAUAUUUUCUCAAGCAAAGCAAAUUCUGAAGCUGCAACCGUCUCAAACUAGGAACCAGUCCGAUGUCCCAAAAGGUCAUUUGGCAGUUUAUGUGGGAGAGAUUCAAAAGAAGAGAUUCAUUGUUCCAAUAUCAUACUUGAAUCAUCCAUCAUUUCAAGCCUUGUUAAGAAGGGCAGAAGAAGAGUUUGGAUUUAAUCAUCCUAUGGGAGGUCUAACUAUCCCUUGCAAAGAAGAAGCUUUUCUUGAUCUCACAUCUCAGUUACAUCACUAAGGACUCUAUCCACAAUUUUGUAGAAGCAUCUUUUGUCUUUGUAAUUUAUUUGUUUUCCCUCUUUUUUGUUUUUGCAAAAUUGUGAGGAAAUAACAGUACUUUAGCUUUAAAGAAUUCAUAUCUGGAACAG